AUGGAUACAAAUUUGAAAGCAACAGAGGACAUCAACAAUGUAAUUGAUAGCAUGUUGCAAGAAAGCGACAAGCUAAAGAGUAAACUCAAAAAGAUCAUUGCCCACUAUGAACAUAAAUCACCAAAGCAAACAACAAUCAGCCUGUCUACAUCUUGUAGUGUUGUAACAACCAUACAUAGUAUUGAAGUAGCACCUUUGCCAAUACCAAGUAUUGAACAAUUACUUGAUCCAACGGUUAUUUUCACAUUGGGAGACAAAGAAUUUAAAUGCAGUGAUAAUGACCUCGGAUGGGUUGCUUGGGUUGAUCCUAUGUUGUUGUAUAUAUGCACAAUGGCAUCUUCAGCAGCUACCUCUGAAUCCAUAGACCAUUCCACUAUUGAUAAUCUGGCAAAAAACCAAGAGUAUGUCCCUACCCCUUUUGCAAUCCAAUCUAUCAAUGCUGGGGAUGACCUUCCUUCAGCAUUGCUACAAGUUUUGUCAUUUCAGAAAAUGCAGAACAACACAGAUGAUACUGACAAACAUAAAUUAGUGUUAUCUGAUGGUAAAUACAUGCAGUUGGCAAUCUUGCCUUCUAAAUAUGCUACUUUGAUAGAUUCAGAUAUUCUAAAAAUAGGCACAAUAAUCCAAUUAUCGAGCUAUACAUAUCGAUACAUAUGGAACACAAGGACUAUUGUAAUACUUAGUCUGGAAGUGAAACAAAGUGUUUGCCCGUUCUUUGGAAAACCAGAAUAUCUAUUCAAAGAACAACAACCAGAAAUUAUGUUUGAGGACAGACCAUCAACAUCUAAACAGUCGCUUCAGUUUGCAACUGAAUUGCCAUCCCCACAAACAACAACUUCUGAAAAUAUAUGUCCUAUAAAAACUUUGAAUCCAUACCAAAAUAAAUGGACAAUCAAAGGGAAAGUUACUCAUAAACGACCUAUUGAGGCAUAUAGCACAACCACCAAAAAUGGCCAUGUCUUUAGCUUUGACAUUGUUGAUUGUGAUGGUUCUGAAAUUAGAAUUACAUGUUUUGAUGGGAUAGCUAAGUUACACUAUAAACGUGUGGACAUAGGUUCACAUUAUAUUAUUUCAAAAGGAUCUGUUAAGGAGGCAAAUGUAAGGAAAGAUGGCAGUAAAACACAAAAACGUGUUGUGAAAAUUAAUGAUCUAUUUGGUUCAACAGUUGACAUCAACUUAUGGGGCCCAAUAGCAGAACAAAAGGGCCUAGAAUUGAAAAAUAUGUUGACCAAUGAUAGUUUGGUAAUCCUUGCUUUAUGUAAUGCUCGUGUUGGCUAUUUCAAUGGCAAGCUUGUGAACAUAACAGCUACAACAACACUACAUAUCAACCCAAGUUUCCCAGAAGCAGAGCUUCUAACAUCAAGAGGAAGGAACCCUUUGCUUACUGUACCCUUUGUUGCAGAAACUAUCCACAUAGACGACAAAUAUACUAGAAUGACAAUCUCUUCAAUCCGUGAGCGGAUGAGCAUCAAACCAGAAACAAUUCAAACAACAUUGCUAGCUAUUCUACGCUAUGUCAACGUCAAUGACCAAAAUUUCUAUUACACAGCUUGCCCACUGAUAGUCAAUGGAAGGCCUUGCAAGAAAAAAUGUACACAACAAGCUGAUGAUUCUUGGUUCUGCUCUAGAUGUCAAAUGAGUAUGCAAGACUGUAAUUAUAGUUACCUCUUGCCUCUAAAGUUGCAAGAUGCCACAGGUACUCUAUGGGCCACUGCUUUUGAUGAGGGUGGCAAUCACUUGCUACACAAAACUGUAAGACAACUCUAUGCACUACAAAAUGAUGCAACAACAAAAGAGACACCUUCCUCAGUGAUCAAGAUAAUACUCUCACAUUACUAUUUAUUCACAGUGCUAGUUUGUACUGAGACAUACAAUUCAGAAUCCAAGAUGAAAGUGACGGUCAAUAAAGUUUCUCCUGUUGACUUCAAAGCUGAGUGCCAUGCACUGCUUGCAGAAAUUAGUCGCCUAAGUACAGACACUUAG